AUGGACAAUGAUGAGGAGUCCGUGCUUGAUGUGACGAGAUCUCCCAUCAAAAAGCCACUCCAUUCGACGACAAGUCUCAUCAAGGUAUCAUCGGAGGAUUUAUUUCUCUCGCCUCAACGACAACAUAUCCAUCUAAACGAUCACUCAUUCGGCAGCCCUGAUCUUUUCGAAAACCUUUCAUCAACUUCCCGAUUAUCGUCAAUAAAGAGGGCACUCAAUGAGAACACGACGUUGAACAAGAGUCAAGAUCUAUUCGCCGACGAGAACGAGGAGAUUUUAUUGGGAAUCCCUGACGUUUCAAUGGAUCGCUCUCUUCCUCCACUCUCAUCAACACCAAAUCGGCCGCAGUUGACAAUAAGUGGUGACCCUUUUGUGAUGAUAUCACCGAUACGAAAGGAAGUUGCCGGUGAAACGAAUCUCUCCUUUCUGCCCACCCCACCACCAACGUAUCAGCAGGAUUUGAAGAUUCGAGGAGAUUCUUUACCGAGAAAAUUACGAUCUCCGUCACCGGAAAUUGUAUUUGAACAAAUUUGCUCACCUAAGCCGUCAAUUUCUAGUCAAAGUUUAAGACGACGGGCGCAAUCCGACGAGUCUCAGCGGGCAAAGAGUAAAGCCGAGCAAAAAGUGAAUGAAAGGACGGAGAUUUUGAAGAAACGUGGAUUGCGAGACGGACAAGUGAUACGAAAGCGAGAGGACCGAGCAUUGAUGCAUGGAACAGAUUGUGCGUGCUGUUCAGGCUACUACAACGCACUCGAGUUGAGUCCGGAAGAGCGAAAGAAAAGAUUGAAUCAAAUAUCGAGGCAUCGCUACGUGGAGAAACCACUCCCGCCAACACCUGAACAUUACUGGGAAGUCGAUUUCCCGUCCACGCAAGAGUUGGAGAAACGAGGAUUGAUACAUGUGCGACGAGCCGAUCAAACAAAGGAUUCAGUAAAAAGGAAUUUAUUUAAACGA